CUCUGAGGAGCGUCUGUCCCCAUCAGUUCUGUCUGUCAGCUAGGUCCGCAGUGCUGACUCUGGGAUUCUCUUAUGAAAAUGCCUGAUGGGCAAGCCAGAGGAGGAGGAGGAAGAUCUAGAGUUUGGCUGGGGAAAAAAUGAGUAACUCAGAGCAGCCUGCUUCAAUAAAUGCUGGGAGAGAAAGAAAAGCCGAGGCUGGCUCCAGUCUCUGGGGACUCUGAGGUGAUGAUCCGGAAUUAUCAUGUCCCCGAGCAGAGUUGGAGCAUGCCAAAACUCUGAAUCUGCUGAGGCAAUCCCUGGUCUGUCCUUUUACCAAUGCCCAGUGGGUGACAGGCUCUUUCCCAGAAGUUGAACGGAGCUACGCUGGCAGAUCCUUCUCUCCCAAGUCAAGUGGCCUCUCUGGUAAUGGACUGCCUUUCUGUGAGCUUGCAUCCUGACCAGGCUUUCCAAAUCUAGCCUGUGAAGCGAGAUAAGAAAAAUCCCACAGAAGAAAAAAAAAAUGACCGAAGAACCCACAAAAGAGAACCUGGGAACUCCAAAAUCUCCCACACCUGUGACAAUGGAGAAAAACCCCAAGAGGGAAGUUGUGAUCACCACGGUCCCCUUGGUCAGCGAGGUUCAACUGAUGGCCGCCACUGGGGGUGCCGAACUCUCCUGCUACCGCUGCAUCAUCCCCUUUGCCGUGGUAGUCUUCAUCACUGGGAUUGUGGUCACCGCUGUGGCUUACAGCUUUAAUUCCCAUGGUUCCAUCAUCUCCAUCUUCGGCCUGGUCCUUCUGUCCUCCGGACUGUUUUUACUAGCCUCCAGUGCCUUGUGCUGGAAGGUGAGACAAAGGAACAAGAAAGUCAAGAGACGCGAGAGUCAGACCGCUCUUGUGGUGAAUCAGAGGUGCUUGUUUGCUUAAGACUGAGUACGAGCAAACGCGAAUGCUCACCCGCCCACACUGCUCUAACUCGGUGAACUCAUUCAUACAGAAACCAGCCCGGUAGGGGAUGAGCUCAACUUUCGAAUGAACUACCAAAAUGAAAAACAGGGCAUAGAGAGGACUGAAAAUGAGGGGUCAAGACGGUUUCCCCUUGGUAGGGAAUAACUCAUCUUUAACGACAAACUUAAUCCUAAGGGCUAUUUCUAACACAGAGGAAUCAGCUUGCUUUUCCUGUUAAACGUUUAGGGAGCGUGGGAGAUGCACAGCAUUAAAUAACAGUUGGUUCACUUUAGAAAGUACCCAAGGGAAGGAUGGACAAAUAAUGAGAGCCCUGGCAAGUGGUGUUAUAAAAAGCCUACAUUGGCUUGGCAUUCCCACGUACCUAAGAAGUUCUGUUACAUAUAUAUAUAUACAUAUAUAUUUUUUCCAAUAAGUUGAUUCUUUGGCCCCCCUUUUAAAAGAAUUUUCACUUUCAGUAACAUCACUAGAGGUACUUUAUUUUGAAGAAUAGACUAAUAUUUUUUUAUAUUUUAACAAUGGACAAUUGUAGAUGGUUGUAAUGACCUGUCAGAAGAAAACAGAAAUGUAGGUAACACAGAUGACACAGGGACAGUUAAAUUAAUAUUGAAAUAAUCCAAUCUAGCACCUUUGAUGGCUUUUAUACAAAAGUUCAGUGUGUAUUUCACUCAAAAUAAUAAAUGCUCAUGGCUGCUGAAACUUCUUAAAUGCUAGUUUCUGCUGUCCUUAUUAUUUUCAGAUUUAUUUUAUUUGAAUUAUGUAUAUUCCUGUGCUGGGGUUUGUGCCAUGAGUGCAGGUGUCCUUGGAGUCCAGCAGAAGGCACCUGAUCUCCUGGAACUGGAGUUACAGGUCGUUGGAAGCUGCCUGGCAUCGAUCCUGGGAACAGAAUGUGGGUCCUCUGCAAGAACAGAGCACACUCUUAGCCCCAGUGCCAUCUUUCUCACCCUUGUCUUUAUUACUUUUGUUGCUAUUCUGAAUUGUCCACUUCCCCUCAUCUCAUUUGUAAAUUAUCAGUUGUGUGUUUCUCAGCUGGAAAUUUCUUCUUCUACUGGAAGAUUGUUGUUUUCAUCUCAUGUUACAGUUCAGCAACACUUAAUACAUAAUAUAUUAAUAUGUUCUUAAGGGUUUCUAAA